AUGCCUGCGGCCGAGCCCGUAUCUGCCGAAACACCAUUUACGUCGCCAACAGUGACGACGCCAUCAUCCCCUACCCCCACAAUCACGUCCCCGAGUGGCCACAAUGUCGGCUCUCCGCCGGACAGCAAGGUUCGCCCUGACGAUGUGGAGGCACAGCAAGAGGAUCAGGACCAGGGCUAUUCUCUCCCGCCCGUCGACACAGGCAAAGACGCAUGGCUCUUUCUGGCAGCUUGCUUCGUGAUGGAAGCCAUGGUAUGGGGCUUUCCUUUCGCAUUUGGUAUCUUCCAGGAGUACUACCGCACCCACGAGCCCUUUGCCGGCUCCUCCAAGACGGCCAUUAUAGGAACUUGCGCCAUGGGCAUCAUGUAUCUCGACGCUCCCCUUGUUAUUGCUCUCGCGCGCAUCUAUCCCAAGCAGGGACGCUGGAAUCCCACCGCCGGCCUGCUCAUGAUGUGCGCCGCUCUCGCGCUUUCCUCCUUCUCAACCACGACGACGCAUCUCAUCCUCACACAAGGUGCUCUCUACGGCAUUGGCGGCUCAAUCGCCUACAACCCAUGUCUGAUGUAUGUAGAUGAGUGGUUUGACCGCCGCAAGGGGCUGGCUUAUGGCCUGAUGUGGUCCGGAACCGGGCUUGGAGGCUUCACCAUCCCUCUGGUGCUCGAGGCGCUGCUGACCCGAUAUGGCUUCCGAACCACACUGCGCAUAUGGUCGGUUGCUCUCUUCGUCCUGACCAUGCCGCUGAUCUAUUUCGUCAAGCCUCGUCUGCCGCCGGCUAUGACGGCUCAUAUCAAACCACUGGACUGGAGCUUCAUGAAGAACCGCGUCUUCACCCUGUAUCAGCUGGGCAACUUUAUUGAGGGCAUAGGCUUCUUCCUGCCGGGUAUCUUCCUACCCACAUAUGCGCAGGACGUGCUUGGUGCCAGCUCUUUUGCGUCAGCAGCAACGCUGUUGGUGCUCAACGUCGGAUCAGUCGUGGGACCCAUCACAAUGGGAACUCUGGUCGACAGGCUGCAUGUAACGACAUGCAUCUUGAUAUCCACAUUGGGUGCUAUUUUCGGCGUCUUCUUUCUGUGGGGUCUCGGAUCGAAUAUUGGCAUCCUGUACGUCUUCAGCCUUGUCUACGGCGUCUUUGCCGGGUCUUUCACCACUUCAUGGCCAGGCAUCAUGAGGCAUGUUAUCAAGAUUGCAACCACUGCGGAUGGGGAGACGGCCAGCAUUGAGGGCCGUCACGAGAGCGUCAGCACCAGCAAGUAUGAUCCUCUCAUGGUUAUUGCGUUCCUCUCCAUCGGCAGAGGCGUUGGAAACAUUGUGUCGGGCCCGCUGAGCGAGGCUCUGGUUAAGGGGAUGCCAUGGCAGGGCCAGGCGAUCGGGGGGUAUGGGAGCGGAUAUGGCGUUUUGAUUGUAUUCACGGGUGCGACGGCGUUACUGGGAUGCGUGAGUUUUGUUGCUAAAAAAUUUGGAUGGCUGGAAUAG